AUCAUCAGCUUGAAAUAUCACGGAUGAAAGAGAAAGAUGCACAGUGUGUAGACAAGCCAACGUGCAAGCCAGAUCCCAUCGUAUGUACAGAGGUGAUGAAUGUUCUAAAGCAACAUCUAGAUGAGGUAUAUCCGUCUAAGAAAGUUGUUGGCUAUUCUCUCAACAUACUUUGCUUUGUCUGUAUGAAGCCUGAGAAACCACACUUUCAAGAACUUGAGUACUGCUUAAAGAAUGAAUAUAUACAUUGUUAUAAAACAGUAGUGCCAACAGUUAAAGUACAAAAUUUAUUUGUAGCAGAUUUGCCCGUCGAUAACGUAAGAAAAAUAUCAGACUCGGACCAAAUUGUAGCUGAAAAGCUCAAGACCUGUUACAAAACAAACGAAGAAAGAGGAAGUGUAGAAGGUAUGCUAGUGUUGUCUUUUGAAAUGAUUAAUAAUUAA